AUGAGCUCCACGAUUGAGGGGAGUGAUGACGGGGACCGAGAGGAUCAGCUCGACCUGGACCAGGACGACGAAGAGCUCCCUCUGCAGCCUAACGGACAUACAGACCAUGAUCGGCCGGCCGAGGACGUGAAUGAUGCGCCGGCGCAUAACGGGGAGCCAUUGUCCGUCACGAAGGAUGAAGGCCAGAAGAGCCCAUAUCUCAAUUCGCCUGCAGACGUGGCUUCGGAUGGAGUGCUAUCUUCCCCCCGUGGCUACACUGCGCGAGCGCCGGGAAGCGUGGAUGAUACUGCUUCAACGCCGGAUGACACGCCAUCACUGCAUGGAUCACUCCGUUCGUCGCCCAGCAGCAGCACAUUGCCGCUUCGAGGUCACUCUCGCCUCAGCCCCAGUCCGUCACAUCGCCCUUUCGAUCUACGAUUCCAGUCUCGUCUCUCGUCCUCGUCUCUAAGUAGCCCUCGACCGUCGUCACCGUUCUACUUCCAGCGCCACUCACGGCAAUCGUCCCUCGCGAGUCGACUCUCCCCCAGUCGCACAGAAUCGGAACCAGAAUCCCCUCAGACGCCCUGGGACGUCGUGAGGUGGACGAAGCUGAGGAAAGUAGCAGGGCAGGCGUUCUCGGAAGUUGGGAAACGCAACUUUGGAAGGCCGACCUGUCUGGCCGUUUCAACGACCAUUGUCAUCGGCACAUCGAAGGCUGUCGAAUCCGGUGCGGUGACGUCUCUUGCGCUCUCUGCGGAUCACUCGACGGUAGCUGGAGGCCACGCCUCGGGCGACAUAUAUACCUGGGAGAUUUCGAGAUCAGCCCGGCCUUUUCUUCAUAUACCCCCCAUCUCCCCAAACCAGCUCGAAACUCAACAUGCAGAUGGACAUAUCGCAGGCGUUUCGGUUCUUCACGUUGGGUUUCUGGGAACCCGACGGACGGCACUGGUAUCAGCAGAUGACCGUGGCAUGGCCUUUUCGCAUCUGGCAACGCGAGGUAUGGGUGCCGUUGGGCGGACGGUAAAGACAACGAGGAUCUUGGGACGGUAUCCGGAGAAGCCUGUUCCAGGGAGUCGACCGCGGAAGCCGAGUUCGGUGCUUGCCUUCUCGCCGCUUCCCCUCGGAAACGUCGAACAGGCGACUGAUUCCUUAGGUCUAGUGGCUAUGCUCACACCAUAUCUCCUUGUCGUGGUUUCGACUACACCGAUUGCGCAGACACAGCACAAGGCCCCACGGCCGAGAGAGGUCGCAUCGCACGGUGCCAUGACCGCAGCCUUGGCUUGGUUUCCCGCAAUAAAGCUAAAGGGGAAGGACUCGCAAACAUCGAAGACGAAACUCGUCUACUGCUGGUCAAACGUUCUCACGGUGCUAGAAGUCUCCGAAGUUGAACCCGAAGAUCCAGGUGACAAGGAUCGGCCUCCGGUGUUAGAGUUUCGACCGCGAAGCAGAUGGAGGGCAGAUGAGGCCAUCGUCGCAGUGCAAUGGCUGAGCCGAUCUGUACUUGCAGUGUUGACCAUCACCCAGCAAUUACUUAUCGUUGAGGAUACCACGUUACGCGUGACGGACUCAUUCGACCUCCUACAGAAGCAUAUUUACCAUGCUGAUUUAUUCUCCACCCAGUUGCACUCGCUUGUUGAGCAAUAUAACGAGGAGGAUCCCUCGAUGCAUGGCGUGGUGGCUGAUGCAUUCUACAUGAGCUUCCGUGCUUACAAAGGACGACUGUUUCUCCUUGGCUUUAACGAUGUAUCCGUUGGCAGUUUGUCGAACUGGGCCGACAGAUUGCUUGCUCUUAUGGAGGCUGGAGAUUUCAUCGGGGCCAUUCGACUUGCCACUGCAUACUAUAGGGGAGAUACAGAGAGGCUCACCGUAGGACUCCCUGAAGAAGAUGAAUUGAGACACGCCGUUGUCCGGGAGAGGCUGAUGGAGAUGAUCUCGGCAUCUCUCAAAUACGCUUUUGGGAGGAACAGAGAGGCCAAUACGGAACGUCUUGAGAAGCCACAGCUAGAAGAUCUUGCAGAGGCAUCUCUGGCAGCUUGUGUUUGCAUCGGAGACGAGGAUUUCCUCUGGGAAGAAGUCUACAACUGGUACGAAGAGAACGACUCGACGGGAACUUUUCUCGACGUCCUCGAAUCGUACAUUGUCGAUGGUGAUAUACGAUCGCUUCCCCCCACCGCCGUCAAGGCUUUGAUCAGUCACUACGCUACGAACCACACAUCCACCCGACUGGAGGAGAUAAUAUGUCUUCUGGACACCACUACAAUGGACAUUGAUCAGGUCACCUCUCUGUGCAAGCAAUAUAAUCUCUACGACGCCUUCAUAUAUGUCUGGAAUCGCACUCUUGGGGACUACAUCGGGCCAUUGGAGGAGUUAAUCGGAUUUGUUCGCCGUUUACAACAACCCCUCGUCAACGGGAAUGCUGGCAACGAAGAAACCUACUAUAAUAAUGCAGCGAAAAUAUUUCCUUAUCUGUCCUUCGUCCUCACCGGCCGCAUCUAUCCGACGGGAGAGGAGAUGGACGAGCCCGAGUCCACAAAGGCGAAGGCCGCGCUUUAUGGAUAUCUAUUCUCUGGCCAUCGGUCGGCUCCAGUUUCCCAGGCGCAUGAUGGCUUCGCAAAUCUCAGGGCCAUCCUUGGAUUUGACUCGUCUAGUUUUAUGAGCAUGCUCAACGAGGCGUUUGAGGAUAGCUUCUUAAACGAGGCCGCAGACCAGACCAGCCCCGUCGAGGAGCCAGAAAUCAACCCGCUCCUGGGCGUUUCUGUCAACCGGCAGUAUAUCAUUAGUAUUUUGCUCGAGGUGAUGAGCCCGUCUGAGUUCAGUGCCGCCGAUACGAUUUAUCUAGACAUGUUCAUUGCGCGGAAUUUGCCCAAAUACCCCCAAUAUAUCCUUCUGUCAGGCACUACCCUCCAUCAGGUUCUUGUGCGGCUGUGUCAGUUUCCCAGUGAGGAGAUGGCUGAGGAUUGCGAACUCAGCGUCGAGUAUUUGCUGUCGAUGUACCGUCCGCCGGAUAUCCAGAGUUUGAUACCACUCUUCAAAGAGGCGCGUUUCUACCGGAUUUUGAAGUCGACGUACAGGUCAGAGAAACAGUUCCCCGAGUGGAUCCUGACGUACCUCGAAGAUGAGAGUGAACAGGAAUCUGUGUUUGCUUGCAUCCAGGACUGCCUGCGCCCGGGCUCUGGGCUCGGCAAGAAGCAGCGACGGGACGUUCUUGAUGUGAUCAAGAGCCAUGCUAGGCAACUGGCAGAUAUCGAUGUCACCAAGGCUGCUCAGACGGUUCAGGACUACGCUUCUCAUUUGCAUGAGAGCUUUCUGCAAGCUUUGGACGACGACACAUAUAGACAAUUCCUCUAUCUUUCCAGCCUUCUCGAGCCAAACAAGAAAACCGCGGCCGAAGGCGGAUCAGCCAAGGGUCUCGAGAACUGGAUGCUAGAGCGCUAUGUGCAGCUCAUGUGCAAAUACAACCCGUCUCAUGUUGCAGAUUUCGUCGAUUUCCUCCGGGCUGGCGAACUCCGGCUUGAGGAAGUGCUACCGUUCAUGGAGGAGAGCGGCGUAGUGGACGCGGCCGUGAUGUUGCUGGCAAGACAGGGUCAGGUCCGAGUUGCGAUGGACAGACUCAUCGCUCAUCUCAGCACGCUUGAGUCAGCCUUGGUCAGUCUGCUUCAGAACGCAGGGGCGAGUCCCGAUAUGGAUAGUACCACAGAAGCCAUCGCCGGCCUCCUCGAGUCUUUCGAGAAGUACACCCAGGUUGGCACCUGGUUAUGCCAGAACCAGACCAGAACAGCUAAGAAGGCCCGGUCGCUCGGGAAAAAUGGGAAGCGUGGUGUCGACAUUCUCCAACAGCCGCUGUCGUUUGAGGAGGAUCUUUGGCUUGAUCUCAUCGAAACCGUCGUUCGCAUUGCGCGCAACGUCUCAUCGCUAUUACAUGCCAGCGACACAGAUGCGGACACAACAAAAUCUGUAUGGUCAAGUGCCUCUGGCGCUGAUGGAGAGGAUAGUGGUCAAUUGACCAUCUCCUUUCGCAAACUGGUGCAGCAGGUGUUCACGGCUCUUCUGACAAGCACUGCCCAAACCGGGGCUUCGACCACCGACAGGACAGACAUGUCCUUUCUCCGCAUCUUGCGCGCCUUUCUCACGCGGGCUGCGAGCUGGUCCCCAUCCCUGACCGAACUCCGUUCCGUGCUCGCUUCCAUCUUCGCCGCGUACGCCUACGAAGAGGCUCUUCUGUCGUUAGCCAACGGCAUGCUGGAUAAGGACCUGUUUGUCCAUGUCGACGAGGUGACAAAGUUGCGGCAGCGCGGUUGGCGACCACGAGGUCAAGUCUGUGAGAUCUGCCGGCAACGAAUCUGGGGUCCCGGUGCGGGGUCACAAGUAUGGACAGCGUGGGAAAAGAAGCAAGAAGAGCAGCGUCAACGCCGCGAAGUCAAACGGGUCGAGAGUAGCAUCGACCAUGCGACCUCUCGAGGCAAAGGGAAGGCAGCUGCUGAGCCUUUACGGCACUUUGACCUCGAGCGACAUGAGGACGGCGGGAUUGAUGAAACCUCGGGGUCAAAGGGCGGGCGAGGCGUCAGCAUCCCCGGUCCGGUGGUCGUUUUCGCCUGUCGACAUCUGUAUCAUCGACAGUGCCUACUGGAUACACCUCAUCUUCAACCCCCGGGAAGAGCAUCACAUGCCAACCGGGAGCGCAGUCAUGUCGUGCAUGAAGGCUCUAACCUGGAAUUCUCCUGCCCGACGUGUACAUAG